AUGAAGCUACAAGAUAGAAGUACAUUUAACUCAAACAAAUGCUGCCCCUUGACCAACAGAUGCAAGAGGAUUUUACUCCCCAUAACUGCAUCUCCUGCGACAGGAAUUUGGCUCCUCCGAGCACGGCUUCCUCUCCUGCUGCUGUUUGCUGGCCUGCAGAGACCCACGGCUGCAACUAAAAUCAACUUUGACUUGGCACCAGAUUCCUUUGACGAUCAAUACCAAGGUUGCAGCCAACAGGUCAUGGAGGAGCUAAGUCAAGGGGAUUAUGUCACAGAAGAAAUGGAAGCCCAGACAAAUCAUUAUAAGGCCUGGUCUAAUGCCCAUUUAAUCUGGCUAACCCAAGGUAAAGCUCUCCCUAAGAACAUGACGAUCACACAUGCUGUGGCCAUCAUGGUUUACACACUGAACAACAAUGUGCGCUCUGAAUUCACUAGAGCCAUGGCCAGCGAUGCCAGGUCUCCAUGGCAGUAUAAACAUUCAUUCCAUUUCAAAUACCUACAUUACUACCUGACCUCAGCAGUCCAGCUGCUGAGGAAAGGGAUUGACAUGAAGAAUGACUCUCUGUGCUACCAAGUGCAUCAUGAGGCCGAUUUCUACUUGAAAGCCUACAUAGGUGCCACCCUUCGAUUUGGCCAAUUCCUGCCCGCCUCCCUCCUAAGAAAAGAGGCACAGGAGCCUGGGAACCAAACUCUAUUUACCAUAUUUACCUGCCUGGGUGCACCUGUACAAGACUUCUCUCUCAGGGAGGAGGUUCUUGUCCCUCCCUAUGAAUUGUUUGAAGUUGUAAAUAUGAGCUACCACCCAAGAGGAAAUUGGUUGCAAUUGAGGUCAACUGGAAAUCUGAGCACAUAUAACUGUCAGCUGCUAAAAGCUUCCAGCAUAAAGUGCAUCCCUGCUCCUGUAGUUAUUGCUGCCCUCUCCUUUUUGAUCAUUGUCACCAUCUCUUUAAAAAGUGGAGUAUAA